UGUAAUUGCACAGUACCUUUCUGGUCAGCUGCACUGCAUUGCUUUGUGACUAGUGAAGCUUCGACAGCUCACUGCGGACAUUCCAAAAUUGCUGUAACUCGACAUUGAUUUAACUACAGUAUGCUGUUAUAUCCAUAGCGCAAGAGAGCUUGCGGCUUGCCUCCCCUCCAUGCUCUUGUAGUCUGAGCCUAUCCAGCUGCCUCGUCGCCGUUUGCAAAGUUUUAUUACUGAGACACAAGUAGCAGGGGCCGAGCAGGCAGCUGCCUGCGAGGCCGGUGAACCACGCGGUGAGGCGACAUGGCUGACCUCUUUGGAGCCCGGCCAGAGCCGAACCUUUGCUGGCAAGACCGGGAAAUCCGGUUUGACUGCAACGCAAAUGACAUCAACCUGCGGCAAGGGGAGGAGCUUAUCACGCUCAUGGACUCCGUGGAGGACACCAAGGGCAACAACGGCGACCUUGGCGAACUCCGUGUGAGCAAUUUACGGCUGUGCUGGGUCAACAAAAAGAACCGGCGCACCAACAUUUGCAUCGGCCACAACUGCAUCACCACGGUCAACGUGCGGGCGGCCACCUCGCGCAUCAAGGGCUCCACGCAGUCCCUGUACGUGCUGACCAAGUAUCACAACCAGCGCUUCGAGUUCAUCUUCACCGCCACCGCCUCCGAGUCCGCCACCGACUCGCUGUUCGCUAGCAUGCAGGGCGUGUUCCGGGCCUAUGACUCCAGCAGGCUGUACCGCGACCUCAAGCUGAGAGGCGCGCUGAUCAUGGACCGCGAGCUGCGGCUGCUGCCCCUGGAGCAGACCUACAGCCGCGUGAACGGCGUGUGGAACCUGUCGGCGGAGCAGGGCAACCUGGGCACCUUCUUCAUCUCCAACGUGCGGGUGGUGUGGUACGCCAACCUGGCGGAGAACUUCAAUGUGUCAAUUCCCUACCUGCAGAUCCGCUCCGUCAAGGUGCGCGAAAGCAAAUUUGGCCAGGCGCUGGUGAUUGAGACCAGUCCUGCUAGUGGCGGCUACGUCCUGGGCUUCAAGGUGGACCCCAAGGAGACACUGGACUACGUCUUCAAGGAGAUCAGCAGCCUGUGGCAGGUAUACGCCGCCAACCCGGUGUUCGGAGUGGAGUACCGGCCCGACGCCUCGGGGCUGGCGGGCGCGGCGUCAGGCAUCCUGCCCUCUGAGCAGGACGUGGAGAUUGUGGAGCCGGCGGACCGCGGCGACGCGCUGGCGCAGUACUACGCCGACGGCGCGGGCGGCAAGGGCGCCGACCGCGACCCCACGUACUGCGCAGAGCUGGGGCUGGCGGUGGAGGGGCUCAAGGAGGGGCUCACGGUGGAGCAGCUGUGGAGCGUGCUGUGAUGUGGAGGAAGGCGGGAGGGGCGCUGGGGGGUGGCGUGAGGUGCUGGGUUGGGGAGUUGCUGGAGAGGGGCAAGGAUAGGGAGUUGGGAGGAGGGGGGAGGAGGGGACGUGCGCCAGCCCGUCCGUCAAGCGCGAGAGUCGGGCGCAGAGACUGCGCGGCAUGUGGUCUUAUCGCCUAAGCAUAGUGUAAAUGAUGCAACGGGUCGUCGCGGGCUGCGGGCCGGGGGCGGACUCAGUUGGAAGGCGCGCGUGCGUGUAUGGUCAUGGCUGCAUGGGGCGCAAACGGUUGCGCGGAUCCGGAUAUGUAGGGAAAGGCGACGGUGUUCCUGCACACAUGGUCCCUUCAGCGAUGUGGAGUGGUGAGGUGUACUCGGAUGCCUGCGGACUCCAUUGUGGAGCGGGCAUGGCGGGGGCCGGGGCGGGGAGCGGGCGGCAGACAGCUGGUGAUGCGUGUGCCAUCACGAGAGCCCUGAUGCAAAAGCCCGAGGCUCG